AUGGCUGAAAGUGAGGAUGAGGGGACCAACGGAUCGACAGAUACGACUCCGAGAAAUUUGGAUGUUCCAUUUGCGAAAAGAAAAACGCUACGCUCGUCAAUCAUCAAACAUGGUGGACGAGCAAAGUCACCAGCAGGAACUGGCGGACGGAAAACCGUCUCAUUUUCGUCGAAAAAUAGUGAUGCCAAAAUUUCGAAUGUAAGCGACUGUUGGAAUUAUAUGCAAACUGGGUCGGAUUUUGUCAAACUACGCGGUACAAAUCGCCAAUUUCGACGAUUUUUCAGUCUGGACGCCGAUUUGUCCUAUAUUCGAUGGACACCAACCAACAAGAAGCCUCACAAAGCGAGAAUUGCUAUUGACGAUAUCCGGGAAAUUCGACUUGGAAAAAACACGGAACUCCUACGCUCGUCGGAUGAGGUCUUCUCGGAUUUGCAGGAAGAAUGCCUAUUUUCCAUAAUCUACGGUGAUAAUUAUGAGACACUAGACUUAAUCGCUUCGUCUGGAGAUGAUGCGAACAUUUGGGUGACUGGGCUAAUGGCACUGACAUCGAAUAAAUACGAUUGCAAGCCAUCGAGCUCGCAAUUUGCAACAUGUCGCGAGCGAUGGAUCGAGACGGUUUUCGACGAAUUUGAUGUCAAAAAAAGUGGACAUCUGGACGAACAGACAUCGUUUAAAGCGAUUUUACACAUAAAUUCAAGAAUUUCCCAUCAUCGACUGACCAAUAAAAUCAAAGAGCAGACAAUCGGAGCUGAGGAGUCGGAACGCGGGAAAAUUGAAAAAUCAAAAUUUGUGGAUUUAUAUAAAGAGAUUGGGACACGGCCCGAAGUCUAUUUCCUCAUGGUACGCUACGCGAAUAAGGAUUAUUUAUCGUGUCAGGACCUUCGAUUGUUCUUGGAAACUGAGCAAGGGAUGGUUGGAGUGACGACUGACCAUUGUGAAAACAUAAUUGAGCAAUAUGAGCCAUGUUGUGAAGCUCGUGAGAAUAAUUUGAUGACUGUCGAUGGAUUCACCUCGUUUCUUUUUUCUCCGGAUUGUGGCGUUUUUGAUCCCAACCAUAGAGUUGUUACUAUGGAUAUGAAACAGCCAUUCUCUCGCUAUUUCAUCUCAAGUUCCCGAAAAACGUUCCUUGUGGAGGACCAACUUGGCCCGUCGUCUUCUGACGGAUUCUCAUCGGCUUUGAAAAGGAAUUGCAGAUUUUUAGAAUUCGAUAUUUGGGAUCCAAACGAGAAUAACGGAGAGCUGGAGCCAAUGGUUCAAAAUGGGCAAACCGCUCACAGCAAGAUUACAAUAUCCUCUGCUCUACGGACAAUUCGAGAAUUUGCAUUUGAGAGAAGCAGGUAUCCACUUUUGCUGAAAAUUUCGGUCCAUUGCUCGACGGAUUGGCAGAAAGUGGCUGCAAAAUUGAUUGUGACACAUUUGGGAACCAGAUUAUAUCUUCCUUCGAAUGAUCCGACAGAUUGGGAUGACGAGAAGAAUUGUCCGACACCAUGGGAUUUUCAGAACCGGAUUUUGAUUAUUGGCAAAAAAUUGGAGGAUCCCGAGGCGGAAAGUGGAGACGUGUCAGAAGAGGAUGACUCGUUGGCAAGUACAACAAGGAAGAAAUCAAAAAGAAUAACGCUAUGCAAAGAAAUUUCGGAUUUGGUUCCUGUGUUUUUCAAUGUCAAAACUUUGAAUGAUUUGUUGUCAACCGCGCCAGGAUCUACUACAAUGUCUUGCCGGAAGAAUUUGGCAUCUGUAAACGAGUCGACGUGCCUCCGCCUGAUGCACACAUACGCUACAGAAUUCGGACAAGCCACUCGAAAUUAUUGUGUUCGAGUUUUCCCAAACCCAUCCCGGGUGGAUUCGUCAAAUUUGAAUCCCCAAGAAUUUUGGAAUAACGGAGUUCAAAUGGUUUGUCUCAAUUAUCAAACGCCUGGGUUGAUGAUGGAUUUGCAGGAAGGCAAAUUCUCUGACAACGGAGGAUGUGGCUAUGUAUUGAAACCGCAAGUAAUGAAAGAUGACAUGUUUGUACCAUCAGACAGAAUGCCAACGUCUCCUCAAAUUCUUCAUCUUCGAAUUCUCUCCGGCCAACAGUUGCCCCGCCCACGCGGGUCCAAUGCCAAAGGAGACUCGGCUGAUCCUUUUGUGGUUGUUGAGAUUUUUGGGUUACCUGGAGACUGUGCAGAGGAGCGCACAAGAACCGUUCGCAAUGAUAGCAUCAACCCCUCGUUCGACGAGUCCUUCCAAUUCCAAGUGUCGGUCCCAGAGCUGGCAUUGGUCCGUUUCCUGGUCCUAGACGAUGACUAUAUUGGAGACGAUUUUAUUGGUCAAUAUACAAUUCCUUUUGAAUGCCUUCAACCUGGAUAUCGACACAUUUAUCUUUUGAAUAACGAAGGAGACCCUCUGGAGAAUGCCACUCUAUUUGUCCACGUGGCAAUUACAAAUCGACGAGGUGGAGGAAAAGCAAAGAAGAGAGGAAUGUCUGUAAAACGGAAGAAUUCAAGAAUCUCAUCUGGAAUGAAAUUGGUUGGAAUCAAAUCUGUCGAUGAUCAGUUUAAGGUCGCCGUGGUCCCACUGGCAGAAUCCACUGCUAUGAGGAAUCGUCUAGAAAACGCAAUGAUCGAUUGGCAAGAGGAAUGUGGUCUCGGACCGGCUGGAACAAUUCGUCAAGGGAUUCGACUGAUUCAUUCGAGAAUGAUCACUCUGGCAGUGAAUUCCUCUCCUCCCCCAUCUCCAACUGGAAACCCGGAUAAAUCAACUGCAGAUGUCACACCAUCGUUUAUAAUUGAUGCUGACGAUCAUGGAGUAAGCUCUAAAGAUUCUUUAGAAAAAAUAAGCCACGCCCCUAAUUUACAGUACCCCGCAAUUAUAACAAUGGGAAAUCUACCGGAUCAAUUGCAACGGUCAUUCAAUAAAUUGAAAAAUCUCAUCGCCCAUUGCGUUACAACUCUCUCGCAAUCGGAUUCUUUAUUGACAAAGGUUGGUUUAUCAAUGGGGCGCAUUGAAGAUUCGAUUCGUCGAAUUUCGGAAUGUCAUGAGGAGUUGGGCAAGCUGUCGACGAGAGCCGCCGAGAAUUUCACCUGGAAUUUGAGAUUGUUGAAAGCGCAGCUCAAUUUAAUGAAUAAGUCCCAAGAGGAGGCACAGGAUGUUGUUACUCAGGUUUUCGACACCGGAGGCGUGUUGGGAGUACUGUCACAGAAAUUGCUCAUCCGAAAAAAUGGGCGGAGAUUCUCCAGAGUCGUCGCUGAUCCAACUAAAGAUUCUGUGCUUUGA